UCCACCAAUCAGCAACAAGUUUCUGUCCUCACUCGUUGGACGUCAACACCGUGUACUGGUGAUCUAUAUCUGUGUCCAAUAUUUCGUGGCUAAAAACCAACCAAGAUGUAUAACGAGUUUGUGGAUGAGUAUGACAGUUAUGCAAUAGAAGACUCGGAGAAUUACCACUACACAGUGAGGGGAGAAGGAGAGUUUGGAGAUCGUAGCCACUAUCCAACCUAUUCCAUCCCUGAGGAAGUGAAAAAAUAUGUCACUUAUUUUAGAGAUGCCAUGCGUGAUGAGAACAUCUAUGAUAUUCCUUCUCUUUACAUGGACUUCAACCGUUUAACUGAGGAGUACUACAAGACUCAGUCCUGGCCUGAAGUGGAGGAUUUGUAUGGCAACAAGUUAGUAGAACAAGAUGGCCGGGAUGACAUAUUCCUGAUACUCUACAGAGAGUUGUACUAUCGUCAUAUAUAUGCCAGAGUACAGGGAGGACCCACAAUACCUCAGCGUUUUGAGUCCUACUACAACUACUGUAAUCUCUUCAACUACAUCCUCAGUGCUGAGACUCCUGUGCCCAUGGAAUUGCCCAACCAGUGGCUGUGGGAGAUCAUUGAUGAGUUCAUUUACCAGUUCCAGUCAUUCUCUCAGUUUAGAUCCAAACUUGGCAAGAAGAGUGAGCCAGAGAUUGAGAUGCUGAAGGAAUCCCCCAAGAUUUGGAAUGUUCACUCAGUACUCAAUGUCCUGCACUGCCUUGUUGAUAAAUCAAACAUCAACAGGCAACUUGAGGUCUACACAAGUGGCGGAGAUCCUGACAGUGUGGCGGGAGAGUUUGGUCGCCAUCCACUGUACAAGAUGUUGGGCUACUUCUCUUUAAUUGGACUUCUGCGGCUUCACUCACUCCUUGGUGACUACUAUCAAGCUAUCAAGGUUCUGGAAAACAUUGAAUUAAAUAAGAAGUCCAUGUACUCACGUGUGCCAGCCUGCCAGAUCACAACCUAUUAUUACGUUGGGUUUGCGUACAUGAUGAUGCGACGUUACGCUGAUGCUAUCCGCACGUUCUCCAACAUUCUGGUGUAUAUCCAACGUACAAAAGCCAUGUUCCAGACCAGGAACUACCAGAAUGACCAAAUCAAUAAACAGACUGAACAGAUGUACACACUUCUGUCCAUCUGCAUGGUGCUUCACCCACAGAGGAUUGAUGAGGCAGUUCAGUCUUCCCUGAGGGAGAAAGCUCUUGCUGAGAAAAUGGCUCGCAUGUCGCGAGGUGAUGCUCAAGAGUUCACACAGUGUUUCACAUUUGCCUGCCCUAAGUUCUUGAGUCCUGUGCCUCCACCUUUUGACACAACAGCAGCCAAUCUCCACAAGGAACCUUUCCAGCAACAGCUUAAGGUGUUCAUGGACGAAGUUCAGCAGCAACAGCAGAUCAGUGUGAUGAGAUCCUACUUGAAAUUGUAUACUACUAUGCCUAUGGAGAAGAUGGCUGCCUUCCAAGAGAUGAGUGAGGACGAUUUUCGUAAUGCACUUCUGUGUUUUAAGCACAAGAUGCGCAACAUGGUGUGGACUAAGGGCACCUCUGGCCUGCAGGGAGACUUCCAGAGUGACUCUGAGGUUGACUUCUUCAUUGAUGGAAAUAUGAUCCACAUCGCAGACACCAAGGUUGCCCAGCGCUAUGGAGAUUUCUUCAUCCGUCAAAUCCAUAAACUGGAGGAAGUCAAUCGUUCUCUUUCAAAAGUUAAGGUUUAAGAAGAAAUUAAGAUACUGUAUCUGUCUGCAUCUAAGAAGACCUUUAUGGGAUAUUUAUCUUUUGUUGCAAUUUUGAAUAUGCUAACAGUUGAAGAAUUACAUAUUUAAUGCACAAAUAAUGAAUGUGUUGUGCUAAAGGUGUAACCAAAAUUUGUUUCGAAAUUAUAAAAUAUCUAUUUUAUUCCAUUUUUAUCACAUGUAAAAGGUCUUUUUGUAAUGGGAUGAAGAAUGUUCAUGUUUUUCGGUAAAAAGAAAUUGAAAGAUAUAUCAAAGCUCUUGUGUUAUUUCACUUUGUAUAUUUUAAAUACACUAUUUUUAAUUUAAAUUGAGCCAUGGAAUGUAAUACAUAGUGGUUUCUGAUAUUAAAGCCUCUAGACAAGAAACAGUGUGGGACCCAGGAAAGUUAACUAAAGUAAAAAGUUAGUGGAAGGGCAAAUUGCAUUUUUAAUAAUAAUGACAAAAAAUACCAUAUUUUUUAAUGAUCAAAAAUGACAAUGAUAUAUUAAUAAUAUUUCUAUGCUU